UAUCGCUACCGUACCGAUCCAGCAAUUCUAUUUAGUAUUUACUAUUUAUUUACAUGCAUCUUGCUGUAUAAAAAAUGUUUUAUGUAAUUAAUUUAUAGUAUAAACAAGUGAAAUGGAUGCUAAAACGCAACAAGAAUGUUUUCGGUGUUCUAUUUUAGGAUUUUUUGUAUUGGGCAGCUGACUUGUCUUAGUACUUAGUAGUAAGUUAAUGUGAUAUUGGGCAUAUUGCUAAACUCAAAAAAAAUUGAGGACGCCCAAACAACGACCUCGGCUCGCUACCUUGGAGACAACAUGCAAUCUGACGACGACAUUCCCGCAAACAAGAAAAAAGACAAGAUCGACACGUCGCUUGAGAAUAUUGCCGAUUCAAAGAAAUCAGAUAAGAAGGAAACUGAAGAUCCGAAACCGCGAAUUGUUCUUACUUUUCGAUCGGACAAGUCCGGUGCAAAAAAUAACAAUAUGAAAAUAGUUUCUACAGAAGAAAAGCACGAUGAGAUAUCACCCCGUCGCUCUAAUCGGAACAGACAGGCCAAGUGGGAAUCGGAUGACGAUAACGAAUCUUUAUCACUUAAAAAAGACAAAAUAGUGUCCGAAGGUGAAGAAGUGUCAGACAGUUCGAGGAGUAAGCAUUCAACUCGCCGUCGAGGGAAAGCAUCUGACAUAAUAGCUAAUGCAAUAGCUCGUAAGCAGAAAUCCUACAAUGAAUUGGAAGAUAAACCAAAGCCAAGAAAAUCCAAAGCACCACCAAAAUCACUCAAUAAUGAAGCGAAUGGGAUAGCUUUGGAAUCACAUAAUACUGCAGGUCUUGGUUCAACAGAGAAAUCUCCGGAUGAGGGGAUCCGUACAAGGCGCUCAGCUCAGCGAAAUACUUCCAAGGGAAAAACCUUAAAGCUUCAAGAUAGUGAUGAUGAAGACAGUGAUAACUCUGAGAUGAAAUUGAAACAUUUGUGUGAACUGGGACUGCAGUCGGUUGAACAAAACAAGUCUGAUGAGGAAUGUGAAGAAAGGGAAACUGAAGAUGAAAAUGAAGAAGAGAUUGAUGAUGACACAGAUGUUAUAGUAAAACUACUUGAGGCAGAUGAGGAAAGUGGCAGCGCAAGUAGUGGAGAUUACUUCAUAUGUUCAGAGGGCACUUCCAAAGGUGCUCGUCCUCAGAGGUCCAGGCGUUCCUGCACUUUUUAUGGGGUGACUGAUAGGUCUUCACCAAUACCAUUGGAUGAUGAGCCAUUAGUGUCAAAGCGCCGAUCAAGAAGGAAGAAGAAUUCUCAAAAUAAUGAUGAAGAUGAUGAUGAAAGGGGCCACACAUCGAAGAGGCAAAGAAUUAAUUCAUCUGGUGCUGAGGAGCAAAAUUCUGAUCAAGAAGAGGAAUAUAGCAACUCCGCUCCUGGAGAUGAAGGUCCCGAAGCAGCAGAACCAGAAGAAUCAUCCACAGUCUUGGCUAUGUGUCAUUGUGAAGAAGAAACAAACAUUCAUGCUGCUCCUUCUGAGUUAACUGAGCCAGUGUUCUGCCAAGCCAUAGAGGUUGUGGACGGCAUGCGCGUGGGCUGCUCGCACAAGGCGCAGCGGGAGGAGGGCGGCGGCCUAGCGCGCAUGCGUCGUGCGGGCGUGCGGUCGCCCUACCUGCUGCUGUGUCGCCUGCACGCGGCGCUGCUCCGGUCGCACAUGUGCUGCCCCGCCUGCGGCCUCUACUGUACACAGGGUAUAUUCUACCAAUGUUCAGCUGGCCACCUGUUUCACCUGGAGUGUGGGGUGCCGUACAAUGAUGCGCGCGCGCAGGUGGGCUGUCCUCACUGCGGGAUCUACUCCAAGCCCUGGCGCGCUGUCAACAAAGACUGCUGGAAGGUCAAGCUGACGAUGCAUUGCUCCAACAAGCGCAUCUACUUACCCGACCAAAGAGAACAUUGCACACAAGCAUACCUGGGCUUCUCGAAGGUUGACGAGGCUAUGUUGGACAGCACUCCAAUAAUCCCUGAAGAUCUGUUGCCUUCACUACCGGACAUUGAUGUUAAGACUCUUCGUGAGAAUGACUCUACUGAUGAUGCGAGGCUGCAUGAUUUAUAUGAUACCAUUAUUGCUGGCGGCACUACAGAACAGCUAAUAGCUAAAAUGGUUCACGGCGAGAAACUAAACACACCGCUCAGUGAAAUGGAAGGUGGGACGUGUCUACACGCGGCGGCGGUCAGUGGACGACUAAACGCGGUGUACUUGCUGCAGUACGCCGGGGCUAACAUCAACGCUGUGGAUAACUGUUCGCGGACUCCUCUUGUCAGAGCUAUACUUGCUUUAUUGGAUAAAGAAGAUCAAGAAGGAUCCAUUAAAUUGAAGCAAGAACCGUGUGAAGAAAGUGCUGCUGAUAAGGAAACCGAGGUGAUGGAAACAGAAACAGCAGACGAGACAAAGGAAGAUGUGAAACAAGAUAGCGAAGGAAUUGUGAAAGUUAUAAGAUAUCUUAUUGCUGCUGGCUGCGAUCUUAAUGUGCAGGAUGUAGAAGGCAUGACGGCUCUACACGUUGCGGCCCGGCUCGGCGGAGAGGCCGUGUGUGAAGCGCUGUUGCAGAGCGGACGAGCGACCGUCGACGCGCGCGACUGCGGCCAUUGGACGCCGCUCGUGCGGGCCGCUGAGCGGGCACACUCCGCCACCGUCAGGCUACUGUUGAAACACGGCGCGGACGCCGCGUCCUCGGACUCUGCGGGGAACAGCGCUAUCCACUGGUGCGUGUUGUCGGGCAGCAACACCUCGCUGCAGCUUAUCCUGGACGCCUCUCCACAAGUCAUUGACGCACCCAACGCACACACCGACACGCCACUGCAUGUUGCUGCCCGCGAAGGUCACUACGGGUGCGUUGUGGUGCUUUUAGCAAGAGGCGCCAGAACAGACAUCGAGAACAAGUCUGGUGAGCUGGCGGUGGACGUGUGCGAUGGUGACUGCCACAACGCUAUCUCUGUCAACAUGCAGAUGUCUGCCAUCGCUCGGGGCCCUCACCAGGUGGUGGGCUCCAAGUGUCGCCUCCUCUCAAGUGACAUAUCGAAAGGUCGUGAGGCGUUCCCCAUUCCGUGUGUGAAUGAGGUGGACGACACUCCCCUCCCGGAUCAGUUCACGUACGUCGCGCGGAAUGUUGUGACGCAGAACAUUGACGUCGACUGUACGGUCGCUACCCUGCAGGGAUGCACGUGCGUGGACGAGACAUGCGGCGCGGGUGGGGGCGAGUGCGCGUGCUGCUUGCUGAGCGUGCGGCGCUGGUACCAGGCGGGCCGGCUACCGGUGUCCUUUCCACACCACGAGCCGCCCAUGCUGUUCGAGUGUGACCACACGUGCGCCUGCGACAUGAAGCGGUGCGAGAACCGCGUGGCGGGGCGCGUGCAGGAGCGCGGGUCGCUGGGCGUGCCCGUGCAGGUGUUCCGCACGGCGGCGCGCGGCUGGGGGCUGCGCGCGCUGCGGCCGGCGCCGCGCGGCCGCCUCGUGGCGCUGUACUGCGGCGAGCUGCUGGCGCGGGACGCGGCCGACGCGCGCCACGACGACCAGUACAUGUUCGCGCUCGACCUCAAGCAGGACUUGCUGGAGGAAUGCGGCCAGAAGAGUCAGCUGUGCAUAGACGCGGCGCAGUUCGGCAGCGCGGCGCGCUUCAUGAACCACAGCUGUCGCGCCAACUGCGCCCCCGUGCGGGUGUUCACUCACUCGCGCGACUUGCGGCUGCCGGUCGUUGCACUCUUCGCCACAACAGACAUCAAGCCCUUCGACGAGCUUACGUUUGACUACGGCGAUAAGUUCUGGUCAGUGAAAUCAAAAUGGAUGAAGUGUGAAUGUGGGUCUGUGGAGUGCCGAUACCCAACCAUAUGCAACGACGAGGCAGACCCAUGAACAUAUAUAUAUAGCUAUAAAUCGUAAUAAUUAAAUUAUUGUACAUAAAUAAAUCAUUAUGGUACUUUUAAA